AUGGACAGUCUCGAGAACUCUUUUAUCGCCGAUGCCGGUGCUUACGUCAAAGGCAAAUAUGCCAUCACUUCGACUGGAGUCGUCCGUAAAGGAACCGGUCGCGCUUUCAGUGUCGUACCAGAGGAACUGGAAUGGGAUGGAAAAGUCAUUGGACGAGGAGCUAGUGGCUGUGUGCUACGUUCCCGUCAUCGACCCACUAACACGCCGUUGGCUCUCAAGAUGAUCAACAUGUACGACAAAAUCAAACGUGAACAGAUUAUCCGAGAGAUCAACGCGCUUUUCGAUGCGAAAUGCCCAUGUCUUGUCACCUUCUUCGGUGCAUUCGUCCGUGACGGAGCGGUAGUGCUUGCUCUCGAAUACAUGGACGGUGGGUCAUUAGAAAACGUCAUUCAUCAGCUUGGUACGAUUCCGGAGCACGUCCUAGCCAGUGUAGCCUACCAGAUCCUCCACGCACUAUCGUAUCUGAAGACCAACAAAUGCGUACAUCGCGACAUCAAACCGCCAAAUAUUUUGCUCAACAGCCAGGGUCAAGUCAAGCUUUCAGACUUCGGCAUCGCCACCGAACUCGGCAACUCAAUGGCUAUGUGCGGCACUUUUGUAGGUACCUUUCGUUACAUGUCCCCCGAGCGGAUUCAGCACACGCAGUACAGCUAUAGCUCAGACACGUGGAGUCUUGGUCUCGUGCUUAUGGAGGCUGCCACGGGUGUCUAUCCGUAUCCGAACGACAAAACAUGCAUCGAUAUGCUGCAGAGCGUACUGGAAGCACCGCCACCUGCUCUUUCACCGCAAGAUUUCUCGCAAGAUUUUUGUGCAUUCCUGCAUCAAUGUCUGCAAAAGAAUCCGCUAGACCGCGCAUCAGCCGAUACCUUGCUUGAAUCCCGUUGGUUACAGCGCUGUGGAGCAGUCACUAAUGCACUCCUGCUGUUUGUUUCACAUCCAGACUUAGAGAGCUCAAUCGCUAAUGUGCGGCAUUGGAUCGACUCGCUCCAAUAA